AUGGCAUUCAACCUCAGUGGCUUCACAUUAGCCUUGUUUGCUGCUUUUGCCUUUAUGACCAUUGAUGUUGGUCUAGCAGCUCGUCAUCUUCUCCAAACAACAACUGGGCCCAAUUUGCCAAAAACGCCCGGCAUACCAUCUCUGCCUCAGCCCAACUUGCCCAAUUUACCCUCAGGCCCAACUCUGCCUCAGCCCACUUUGCCAACUGGGCCCAUCACAAUCCCAAAUAUGGGCCUCCCACCAUUGCCAGCUGUGACUUCUCUUCCAAGUAUUUUUCCCUUCCUUCCAAACACGUUUCCCUCCAUUCCAUUCCUCUCUCCACCGCCUUCAACCACUAGCCCUUAA